AUGCCGCGUCCACCCAGCGAGUUCAGUGACUCAUCAGGACUGUUGCCUGCAGGAGUGUUCCCGCUGGGGAGGAAAAGCAACCCGACGAAGCAUCAUCAUGACCUUCCUCCUUUCACCCUCCGUAGCCAUUUUGGCUCAAGGGGCGCCCUGAUCCGCAUCCGUUCGGUGCUGUUCAGGGGCAGAGGGAAACAUACCUUUAGCGGUAGCCGUUCGGAGACAGGAUGCCGACGCCUGGAACAAUUGGGGUUGCUAUCAAAGGCGGGGCUGGCACCGUUUCGAUUCCAGGAGAUAAGUUUGCCGAGAGUUGUUCUCUACUUCGCACUGGCGACAUCGAUGGAGCAGCCGCAGCCCAAGCCCUGGAGAGUGCAGCAGAGGUCGUGGAGCUGGGCGGCAUGUCCACAUUUGCAGAUGGUGCGUUCAUCCCACAAUUGGGAGACGAAGUGCAGGCAUUGCCAGGCCAGCGAUUUGAAGGCAAGCUGGGGGUGUACUACGAGCCUGGUCUCUUCAAAACCCUACAAGGAUGACGAUGGAGACGAGUGUAUCAAGAUCACCUGGUACAACAGUGGCUUUACCAACAAUUCAAUGGUGCAGUCGUGGAUGAACAGCAUGAGAAUCACAGAGAAGGCACGUCCAAUCGUUCUGGGAGAUGAAGUGGAGGCCUUACCCAACUCGCGGUUCGAAGGCAAGAAUGGUGUAUAUUACGAGCCUGGGGACAGGGGCCGGGUCUCUUCAGGAGUGUUCAAGGACAGUGAUGGAGACGAGUGCAUCAAGGUCACGUGGUACACAUCUGGGAGGACUAACGACGAGAUUGCGAUGUAUUGGAUGAAGAGCUUCAAGCUGGUGACGAACGAGGGUGCGCUUAUCUCUGAUGUGCUCCAAGAUAAGAUGGAGUAG